CGGCGAUGCUGGGACAAAGACUGCGAGGUUGGGCCCUGGAGCCCGUGGUCCGCGUGCUCGAGCACUUGCGGCCCCGGUGGCUUUCAGACCCGCAAGCGGUCCGUGACGCAGAAGCCGACCGGCAGUGGCAAGCGGUGUCCCGAGUUGACGGAAAAGCACUGUCAGGUCUCCGAGUGGUCGCCGUGGACAAGCUGCAGCACGUCGUGCGGGUCUGGAAUCGAGACAGAACUACUUCAAGCUGUUUUGCCCGCUGAGCCAAGACGUAAACUGUUUACAGAAAGUGAAGCUCAUUGA